AUGACAUUAGAACAUCAAAAUCCAGUCUCAUGUCCAGACAUUGGCAUUUUGGAAGGAUUUGAUUCAUUUUGUAAAUCAGCUGAUAAAGAAAUAGGUUAUUUGAGAGAUCUUUCUAAAUUUUAUAGAAAGAGAGCACUCAUUGAAGACGAAUAUGCAAAGAAUCUUUCGAGGUUGAUUUCCAAACACGAAGUGGAACCAACCAUUGGAGAAAAAUUACGACAAAGUUGGGAGCAAAUCAAAAAGGAGACACUCUCCCAUUCGACAUUUCACGAUCAAAUAUCACAAUCCCUAAAUACUACCAUUGCUGAACCUAUUGAAGGAUUAAUAAUGGAUUUGGAACAAAAAUAUAAAAAUAUAUCGAUUGAAGGAAACAAAUAUAGAGAAGCAUAUAUUGAUGCAGUUUAUAAAUUAAGAAAGACUAAAUUGGUGUGUGACAGGUACUCUAAAGAAGUGAUGGAUAUGACUAGCAAUAUGCCAGUGACUGGACAACACGGAAACACGACGAUGAAAUUAAGCAGUGAAACGCAACGUGUGCAAAAGCGAGCACUCAAGACUGCACAGGAAAUGGUUAAAGCUGACAAGGACUAUCGUGCAGCUAUCCACGACACCAACUCUCACCAAUUGGCAUCAAUCUCUGAGAAUCUACCCAAGAUCAUGGCGGAAUUGCAACGUGCAGAAGUCGCCAAAAUUCACUUGAUCAAACAAAACUUUAUUAGAUAUUUUUCAACCUUUGUAAAUAACGAUCACUCACAAGACCAACGAGUCAAUGGUAUCUUGAGCAGUCUUCAAGCUAUCAAUGCCGAAGAAGAGAUACAACAAUUUAUCAGAGCCAAUAAUCUCAUACGUCCACCUCCCUCUCCUUUUGUUUACGAACCUUUUGAUGAAAAGAAAGCAGCACAUCAAAAUGGUAGUCAUCACAACCAUCAUGAUUCCGCUCAAGAUGCGAUAGUGUCACAGGGAUCAGUUGCAGUGGCACCAGAAACAAACAAGGAUGUCAAAAAAUCAUGGAGAUUGUCUAGAAUUGGAUCAUCUCUCAAUGUAUCAAACAAUAACAGCAGCAGUAGUAGUAGUAGUAAUGACAAGAAGGGUAGUAAAUCAAGUUCCUCCUCAUCUAAACUCACCAACCCAAUGUACUCAUUUACCAACAAAAUUGGAGAAAUCAUGGCUCUCCAACAACAGACUGAUGCUUUCAAAGCAGAAGGUAUCUUUAGAGUUCCAGGCAAUAUUAUCGAUAUCAACAAUGGAAAAAAGAAAUUAGAAGAGGGUAAUUUUGAUCUCGACUCUGACAAUGUUUAUAAUAUCUCUUCAAUCCUUAAAUUAUGGUUAAGAGAUUUAAAGGAUUCUUUAAUUCCAACUUCACUAUAUGACCAAUGUAUAAUGUUUAAAAAUGAAAAGGAUAUUAUGGAUAUAUUUGCAUCGUUGCCAAUGUGUAAUCAAAAGGCAUUGUCGUAUAUUUUGAGGAUGAUUCAGUUUGGAACAAAGACAGAGAAUGUGUGCACGUCAAUGAUGGAUUGCAAUAAUUAUGCAACUGUAUUUUCACCGUGUUUCUUGAGAUCGCCAUACUCGGAUCCAUCGAUUGUAUUGGGUAAUCUCAACAAGGAAAAGGAGUUUGCCAAGCUCCUUAUUGAACAUCACAAGCCACUCGAGGUCGAUGACUCUGCCGAGGCGUGUAUGCCAAUUGGCUCGGAUGGCACUACUGCCAAUGUCAACAUGGUACCCAUUUCACCGAGUCGUUCAACCAACACGAGUAAACUACCAGCUGUCCAGCAAAUGCUCCAACCACUCGUCACACCCAAAACAUCAUCCUCCUCAUCACCUUCAGCCAAAGAUUCACUGGUUAUUCAACAAAAGAAACAGUUAAAUAACCAAAUCCAACUAUUGAAGCAACAACAGCAACAACAGCAACAGCAAGACUCACAACAACAACAACAACAGCAACAACCACAAGUACAAGUACCAGAGUCUCCCACAUUCGCAUCGUCAACUUCGUCGUCGCCAUUGUCGUCGUCGUCGGCAUCUGCAGUUGUCCAGUUGCUCCCAUCGUCGGUUAUCCAGCAACAACAACAUCUUCAUCAAUCCGACUCGCCCAAUUUGACACCACUCUCCUCGAGCCCGUCGACUGGCAGCUCAUCCUCUCCAUUAAUGUCCACGCCAUCUAAAAUGGAUAUAAAUAGCUCGAGCGCCAUUUCCACGCCUGCUCCAGCUGAAUCCUCAGUUGUCCUCUCUCCAUACACUGAUAUCCCACAACGCGCCGAUUCUUCCUCCAAUGAGCCCAUCGAGAUAUUGUCGCCUGGUGAAGUCAAGAAACGUGCGACCAACGACUAUGACCGCAUCCAAGAAGAGGUCAAGCAGAUGAUCGAUGACAAUCACGUCACUGUCAACCAAAUCUACUCGGACCUAACCACUAAUAUUAACCUCGACGCCAUCUCGACCUACUCUGCCAUGAAAUGUAGUCAUGCACUUUUCAAGUUUACAAACUCACUUGAACAACACCUCGUGUCGGUACUUGGACUAUCGCGCCAGGCCAUUAUCGAUGGUAUCAAGCGUAAUGCAUUUGUGUCGCCACCAGCUAUCCGUUUCAAGGUGCCUAGAUCGGUCGCACCCCACAUUACACCUGAGCAGCUGCGUGUAGACUCUGUCGAGUUGUUAAAAUCGUGGUUGCAACUCGUUACAGUAUGUGUCAACCGUUGUAACCAGUAUCUCUGCUUCUUGGGUGGUAUUGUCAUGCGUAUGCAUUCUCCGGAAACCCUGCAAUCAAUCAUUGACGUGGUCAAGAUUGCUGCCGACCUCAUCAUCACACCGGUCUCGCUCCAGGGACCUGCCGACCGUGCACUCACAUUUGAACAGUCUGAGCUAUUCAUUGAAAAGACUAUGCAGCUGUUCCAACCAAUCAUCGCAUUCAACAUGAUCUCUGAGCUUGAUCUCGAUCAAAUGUCACCUGUUCCCACCCCUGUAGGAGUACAGGAAUCACAAUUAUCAUCACCAGUAUCACCCAUUUCAAUACCACUUGAAACAUUAAAGUUGGAGCAAGAGGAGGAACUUCUUGACCAAGAUGACGAUGACGACGAAGAAGAUGAUUUAAUCACACGUCACAACCGUAGCAACAAUCUUCAAAAACAAUUUGAACAACAACAAAAAGAUACUGGAGCCAACAAUGCACUGGCCAAGCAAAACGAAUUGCUCUUGCAAAGACACCGAAAUGAAAGUUUGAAAAACGAGAUGUUGGCAUUGGUCACCAAAAUGAACUUUAGAAAACAACGUAUAGUCGAUGACCAAAAGACUGUCGAUGUCGAGACACAAAACACAUUCAAGGCGUAUGCCAAACAAGCUAUUUUGUUGAAACGUGACAUGGACAAGUUUGUAGUCGACCACGCUAUCCCCAUCCAGGAUAAUAUCACUUUGCCAUUAAUCAAUGGCACCAACUAUAAUACCAAUAACAGUAAUAAUAACAGCUCUUCAUCAUCACCAGUAUCACCAACCAAAUCAACAGAUACUUUUACCAAUAUUUGCAUGGUCACUGUAGCAUACCUUGAAAGAAUUGUCAUCAUCCUAAAGAACCUCUGGAUGUUUGUUGACAACUUGCAAUUGCAACAAGACCAAGGUAAUAAUUUACAUCAAUUAAUAACUGUAUUAAUUAACGAUCUAAAUGUUAUUUGUAACAAGGUAACACCAAUAUCAUCUUCCAUUGUACAAUAA